GAAAGCCAUGACGACUGGCCAUGGCUGCCAACCCAGCAGCUGCUCGUAUUCGUGACAACCAACGUCGUUCUCGCGCGCGACGAAAGGAAUACAUCCAAGACCUCGAAACGCGUAUCCAGAGGUACGAACGCCAGGGAGUCGACGUCGCCAUCGAAGUGCAGGCCGCUGCCCGAAAGGUAGCGAGGCAGAAUGCUAUGCUGAGAUCGCUACUCAACUCCUUUGGCAUGACAGAUGCCAAGAUAGACGAGUAUCUUUCUUGCGCAGCAGAGAACAGCAACCCGGCCCCUGUCCCAAGAAAGAGGCAUAUAGCAGCAGCGGUGGAGCGUCGUCCCACCGCUACGCCCAUCCGUGCAGAACCUCCUCCGCCGGUAUGCUGUCGGGGGAACCAAGAUCGCCAGAAAUGUACGACUCCAGCCGCCGAUGCAGCCCAUUUUUCCGUACAACAACAGGCUUGUUCAGGCACCCAACCCCAGCCCGAGGCCACUGAUAGAUCGUCGAACCCUGCAUCUACAACCACCCUAGAUCGUCAGUGGAGUGAUGACAUGACACCUUGCGAAGAGGCUGCUAGGAUCAUUGCCGGCAUGCGAGGUGACUGUGAUGAAGAGAUUGUGCGGGCUGAAUUGGGAUGUGCACCGAACGAGGCUUGCUUGGUCAGCAACAUGAACAUAUUCCAGGCGCUUGAUAGGUGA